AUGUCGUCCUCGCAGCAGCAGAGGGACGCUGCCCCCCCGCAGCCUCCUCUCUCGCCCCGUAGCCCCUUCACAAAGAACCAGGAUGCAGACGGCUUCUACGACGAGCACGACGCAGACACCGCAAGCAGGGAACACUUCCGCUCCCUCGCCUCCCAGAUGCGCAGGAUGAGCGUAAACUCGAGCGCGGUAUCCCACUCCGACGACAGCUUCGACAUCCCCUCGGUCCCGACCGGAUUCAACGCAAACGCCUACGACAACGGCGCUUCCACGCCAAAGCAAGACGCGCCCUCAACCACCGCCGCCCCCCUCGACAUUCCCACGCCCGCCGGCAACCCGCUCCAGCCCGCAGGAGGCGCACGCACCGUCGCAAAGAACAACGACAUCCCCGACCCGGACCAGGCCUACGGCGAGGACCAGGACAAGGCCACCAUCCUCUCGGGCAGCUUCACAAAGGGCGCAGCCGCACCAAACGUCGACUCGGAAAAGCAGCGCCAGAUGCAGCGCGCACGCGGCGUCGUCCGCACCUACAGCAUGGGCCAGCAGAAGCGCAGGCCCAACAAGAUGAACGACGACACCAUCAUCCGCGCACGCCGCCUCAGCCACGACGCCGUACACGAGGCGCCCCGCCGCUUCAUCGUCGACGUCGAGGAGACGAUGCGCCUCGUCCUCGAGCAGGAGGACACCGACGGCAACUUCCAGAUCUGCAUCACCGACAGCGGCCCAAAGGUCCUCUCGCUCGGCACCGCCACCAGCAACGGCUACAAGGGCUUCGACAUCCGCGGCACCUAUAUGCUCUCCAAUCUCCUCCAGGAGCUCGCCCUCGCCCGCGAGCACGGCCGCAAGCGCAUCGUCCUUGACGAGGCCAGGCUCACCGAGAACCCCGUCGACCGCCUCUCGCGCAUGAUCAGCCAGAGCUUCUGGCACAACCUCACCCGCCGCAUCGACGGCGACGGCCUCGACGCCAUCCUCUCGGACCCAAAGAACCGCUCAAAGUCCCAGAACCCGCGCAUCUAUGUCCCCGCUUCCGAGACCGAGAUGCUCGACUACUACCGCAAGGUCGCACACGACCGCCCCUCGCUCAACCUCUCGGUAGAGGCCCUGCCCCCCACCAUCACCCCCGAGUUCACCCGCGACCUCAACGACAGGCCCGGCCUCCUCGCCCUCGCCAUGCGCGACGACAUCGACCCCUCGACCGGCGAAAAGCGCGGCCUCAAGGGCAUCCCCUUCGUCGUGCCCGGCGCUCGCUUCAACGAGCUCUAUAAUUGGGACUCGUAUUUUAUCGCCCUAGGCCUCGUUGUCGACAACCUCGUCGACCUGGCCAAGGGCAUCGUCGACCACUUUAUCUUUGAGAUCAAGCACUACGGCAAGAUCCUCAACGGCAACCGCACCUACUACCUGAUGCGCGCCCAGCCGCCGUUCCUGACCGACCUGGCGCUGCAGGUCUACUCGCGCCUCGACCCGGCCGACGAUGCCGAGAACAAGGAGUGGCUACGCUCGGCCAUCCGCGCCGCCAUCAAAGAGUACCACACCGUGUGGAUGAGCGAGCCGCGGUACGACGCCAAGACGCAGCUGUCGCGCUACCGCCCCGAGGGCCUCGGCGUGCCGCCCGAGACCGAGGCGUCGCACUUUACCCACGUCCUCCGUCCCUAUGCCGAGAAGCACGGCUGCAGCGUCAACGAGUUCACCCGCAAGUACAACUUUGGCGAGGUCAAGGAGCCCGAGCUCGACCUCUACUUUAUGCACGACCGCGCCGUCCGCGAGAGCGGCCACGACACGACCUACCGCUUCGAGAAGCGCUGCGCCGACCUGGCCACCAUCGACCUCAACGCCCUGCUGUACAAGUACGAGGUCGACAUCGCCACGGCCAUCCGCGAGGUGUUUGACGACAGCCUCGAACUGGUCGACGACUUUACCCUCAACGGGCCGCUGCCGCCCUCGAUGGCGGCGUCGGCGCCCGCCGGCGGCAAGCCCUCGCGCUCGACCGAGACGCCCCAGACGAGCGCCGAGUGGUUCGCCCGCGCCGCGCACCGCAAGGCCCAGGUGGACCGCUACUGCUGGAACGACGGCAUGGGCCUCUACUACGACUACGACACCCGCACCGAGGAGCAGAGCGUGUACGAGAGCGUCACCGCCUUCUGGGCCAUGUGGGCGGGCAUGGCCAGCGAGGACCAGGCGGCCAAGCUCGUCCACCGCUCCCUCAAGCGCUUCGAGGUCCAGGGCGGCCUCGUCUCCGGCACAGAGGACUCGCGCGGCAAGAUCUCCCUCGACCGUCCCAACCGCCAGUGGGACUAUCCGUAUGCGUGGCCGCCGCACAAUGUGCUGGCGUGGGUCGGGCUGGAGCGGUACGGCUACCUCGAGGAGGCGCGGCGGCUGGCAUACCGCUGGCUGUACAUGAUGACGGUGGCGUUUGUCGACUUUAACGGCACGGUGCCCGAGAAGUUCGACGCCGUCAAUCUGAGCCACAUGGUCGACGCCGAGUACGGCAACCAGGGGCUCGACUUUGCGUUUGUGCCCAAGGAGGGCUUCGGAUGGAUGAAUGCGAGCUACCAGGUGGGCCUGACGUUCCUCACGACGCACCAGAGGCGCGCCGUGGCGGCGCUGCAGCACCCGGACGACUUUUACGGCGUUCGGAGGUGA